UUGCUACCUGGAUUACUGAGAUGCAUCAGGAUAUUCUUCAAAAUUUAAGUGUUGAUAAAUAAUAAGAUUGUUCAUUAUAAAACAAGAAGAUUUAUAAUGUGAACGAACCUAUCAGAGCAUGUGUAUUGGUUUUCUUCCCAACAGUAAUUUUAGUCUGAAGGAUCGUGUGUGUGUGUGUGUGUGUGUGUGUGUGUGUGUGUGUGUGUGUGUGUGCGUGCGUGCGCGCGCGCGCGCGCGCGCGCUCUGUCGCCCCCUAGCGGCAGGUAAGAGCGCCUGUUCCUGUGAAGUCACGUGACUUCGGGGAAACCGCUCCUCCGUCGUGUCUGAGCAGAACCUCAGAGCCGAGCCUUCACACAGUCUACAGGCAYCGGAGAAAACACAACUGAGCUGGAGUCAUGGCCGCAGGCAGAAUGAGAUCCACACGCAGACUUCGCUCCUGGAUUGUUGAGCAGGUCAGCAGUGGGAAGUAUCCAGGUGUGGUGUGGGAUGACGAGGCCAAAACCAUGUUCCGCAUCCCCUGGAAGCACGCUGGGAAGCACGACUUCCGCAAAGACGAGGAUGCCGCUCUUUUUAAGGCGUGGGCGGARUUUAAAGGGAAGCUGGCGGACGGCGGGCAGGACAACCCCGCCGCCUGGAAGACCCGUCUGCGCUGCGCCCUCAACAAGAGUCCUGAGUUCAUGGAGGUGGAGGGCCGAGCCCAGCUGGACAUCUCUGAGCCGUACAARGUGUACCGCCUCGUCCCCAUCAACGAGCAGGGUGUGCUGGUCCCUGAGAAGAAGAGCAAAGAAAAAGUCGGCAAGAGGCUGAAGCAGAAGAGGAAGAGCAGCGAUUCUGAGAGCGAAGACACCACUCUGGUUAAAAAGAUAAAAGAAGAAGAGGUCACCUCUCAGCUGCAUGUAGAAGAGCCACUGCUGCAGAACRACGAGCCCGGCCAAUCAGAAGGCUCCUCUCAGUGCACCCCCGUACUAGGAGACGCAGCAGUGGAUGAGAUCAGGCUGGACGUGCGGAUCGAGGAGAAUUUUCCUGCUGCUGCAGGAGCCCAGGACUCCUUCAACGUGGCCGUUCAUUAUCUCGGACAGGAGGUCCUGAAACGUCAGAUCAACAGCGCMGACGUUCGGAUAACGUACCAGCCCUCCUCCUCCAUGCCCCCCACUCCSGCUGCCCUGAACAGCAGGUUUCUACGCAUCCCGCUGCCGGAGCCGCCGUCCACGCUGCUGGCCGGCCCCGAGCGCCAGGCACUUUUCACCCUGCUGCCCUUUAUGGAGAAAGGAGUCGCCUUGACCUCCACGCCGCAGGGAGUGUACGGCAGGAGGUUCUGCCAGGGCCGGAUCUUCUGGACGGGGCCACACACGACCACGUCGGACCUGCACAGGAUGGAGAGGAAUACCGACCCGGUGCUGCUCUUCAGUAAAGAUGUCUUCAAGCAACAACUGGAACAUUUUAGUACGAACGGCGGCGAGCCUCCUCAGUGCAGCUUCACUCUGUGUUUUGGCGAGGAGCUCAGCAACACCGAAGACCCGACCAAAAAGCUCAUCAUYGCUCAGAUUUCUYUCCCGUGGGCCGAGCAACAAGUGCAGAGCGCCCUGUCCAUGUUUGAAACCAUCUCGGUCUUCCAGACGUUGGCGAACCAGUCUCCUCUGGGAGAAAUCACCCUGAACAUCGUCACCGUGCCRUAGCUGUGCGCAGAGACGACCGCCUGCCCGGCUGUGUGUGAGCUGACCKGUUAAAACCAAACUACAGCGAAAAACUUCCUGCUCUCACCAAAAUAAAACCACCUGAAGCCCGUUUAUAAUGUGACGACAUGAAGAGAAUAGAUGGUGGUUUGUGAGGCGGGUUUUAUUGCUUUUAAAGUGAACUGAGGUCACAAAAAUGUUUUUAAGGCGCUUAAAAGAAAAAUCUGUUUAACUUAAGAAGCUUGAACAGUUAGGACCAUGAAAAACACCAUUUUCUCCUUGUAAGAUCAGAGCUCUGCAACACUACAAACCAACCAACACUCAGAUGGGAAAAUGAGGCAGAAAUUAGGUGCUUUUAACUGGUAGCCACUUUUUGUUUUUCCCAAAGAUUUAGAAGUUGAGUUUAAACAAUCGUGUUUAUAAAACCGUGCUGUAUCACGUCAAACUAAUUUAGAUAUAAAACAAGGAAACGUGCAUCAUAACCUCAUAUUUCAGCAGAAAUACUUAAUGUAAAUGUUACUGUAUUAACUCUGUACAAAUUGUCACUUUUUUGUUGAAUUUAUUUUUUUAGCAAAUACUUAUAAUUUUUUUGUUGUUUUAAUAGAUUGCUAAAUGUUUCCAAUGAGUAGAAAAACAGCACUCAUGUUUAUUAUAAUUGGUUAAAACAACAAACUACAAACAUUCAGGUUUUUUUAUUAUUUUGGGAAACUGUUGCAAAUUGCAAGCAUUAAAAUAAUGUUCUUUAGAGUUCAAACUAUUUCAGUCGUUAAAAGCUGUUCWUUGGUUUUAUCCAACAAUACAGAAGUCCUGCAGCAGAGUUCUUCUAAAUGUUUUCAGACAUGAGGAGCAAAAAUUCACUUCUUAAUUUGGAACAUUUUGACUCUGAAUUAAGGGAAAUCAAAAGCACUUUUACAGUGUGGGACUUAGUUUUUAUGCAUCMGUUUUAAAAUAAGAUUGAGUUCUUUACAAUAUUUAUUUUUUGCUUUGAGCUUUAUUUAAUGUUCAGUUUAACCUUUAAUACACAGAAAAYGUAAGAUUUGUUAAAGUGUUAAUGAACAAAAUUAACUAAAUUACAAAGGAAUUGUAGUUGUCCACCUGCUGCAGGAUUUGUGUAUUAGAGYGUUUUGUCUCCCUGCUAUUGUUUGUGAUGUAAAGUAUUAAAACAUUGAGAAAUAAAACUAGGGCCAAAAAUAAACACAGGACAGCCGUAGUGUUGAAGGGAUUUUAAGGUGGAUUAGUUAUUUAAAUGAACAGUGUUUUGGGGUUGGCACAUGAUGUGGAAGACUAAAAGAGAUCUACCAAGAUGUAAAUAUUAUUUAUACAUGAUGUUGUUCAGUCAAAAAUAAAUAAAUAAAAAACAAAUUUU